AUGGCUGCACCGAGCGAGAAGAGCGUCGGCAAAAGCGCGAUGGAGACCGGCUUGAAACAGACGCCUUCCGGCUCAGUCCAGCACGGGGAGGCGGACUCGGACGCCGAUUCGGCCCUCCGUGACUUCUACACAGGAGCUGUGAAUGAGAACUACCGUAUGAAGUCGGAGCUCAUCGCGAAGCACUUGGGAGAAAUUGGCAUGGGCAAGUUUCAAUGGAUCCUCUUCGUCGUCAACGGCUUCGGCUGGAUCGUCGACAACUUCUGGUCUCAAGGCAUCACGGCCAUCCGGCCCCCGAUCGGCAACGAGUUUACGGACAUUGCGCGCCUCAGCUUCAGCUCGGUAGCGUAUUACGUCGGCUUGAUCGUCGGCGCCUCCUUCUGGGGCACGACGGCAGACCUCAUCGGCCGCAAGCCUGCGUUCAACGCGACGAUCCUCUACGGGGGUGUCUUCGCCUGCGCCGUGGCCGGCGUCCAGAACUUCACCGGCUUCUGCGUCCUCUGGGCCAUCAUUGGCACGGCGGCCGGCGGUAAUGUGCCAGUCGACAGCGUCGUUUUCUUAGAGUUCGUGCCGCAGACCCAUCAAUGGCUGCUGGUCAGCUUGUCGGCGUGGUGGAAUUUGGGACAAGUCAUCGUCUCUCUCCUGGCUUGGGUGUUUCUGGCCCAUUUCGCGUGCCCUUCAACAGACGCCCCUUGCCGCAUGCAAGACAACAUGGGCUGGCGCUACCUCAUGAUAACCCUCGGCGGUAUCGCCAUCGCUUUUGGCCUGAUCCGCAUCGUGGCGUUCAAGAUCCCCGAGUCGCCAAAGUUCCUCAUCUCAAAGGGCCGCGACGCCGAAGCCGUCGAGGCCGUGAACUACAUCGCUCGGUACAACGGCCGCCCCGAGACUCUCACUCUCGACAUGCUCCAGGCCGUCGACCGGCACUGCAACGCAGGCUCGUCCUCGGACGACGGCGCGAGCAGCGUUGCUGCCCCCGUGGACGCCGACAUGGCGCCGAGAGGGUCGAAACUCUCGCACAUGGAGAUCCUGAGGGAGAGCUUCCGAGACUACAACGCCGACAACUACAAGAAGCUGUUUGCAGGCAGGAAGAUGGCCCAGCAUACCUCGGUCACGUUCCUCAUCUGGCUUACCGUUGGCGUGGCCUACCCGCUCUAUUUCGCCUUCAUCCCCUCGUACCUGGCCACCAAGGACACAUAUUCCACAAACACGUCUCUGGACCACACGUACAUGGUAUACUGUAUAGUUUCAUCAGCCGGUGUCAUCGGUCCGAUCGCAGCCGGCUUCUGUGUUGAGACACGCUUUGGCCGCCGGUGGAUGAUGGCGGCCUCGGCCGUGAUGACCGGGGCUUUUCUGUUCGCGUACACGGCCGUCGGUACGGAAGCAGCAGACAUUGGCUUCCAGUGUGCCACCGCGAUUCUUGGAAACUUUGAAUAUGCGGUGAUGUACGCUUUCACCCCCGAGUCGUUCCCCGGCCCCGUUCGUGGAACAGGAACUGGAAUUGCAGCCACACUUCUUCGCGUGGGCGGCCUCGUGGCGUCGUUCGUGUCAACGUACGCCGGAUAUACUGUAGUGCCAAUAUACGCCAGUGCGGCAUUGUGGGUGUUGGUGGGCGGGUUCUGUUUCGGUCUACCUUAUGAGACCCAUGGACAUGCUUCUCUUUAG